GGCAGAAUAUUUGAAUCACAGAUUUAAAAGAAUGGAAAAGCCUCUUCAUUCCUGUUCCACAUCACACACAGGGGGGAAGCAACAUAAGUGUAUGGACUGUGGGAAAUGUUUCCUUAGGAAAGGUUCUCUUACUAAACAUCAACGAACUCACACAGGAGAGAAGCCAUAUCAGUGCAUGGAGUGUGGAAAGAACUUCCGUCAGAUGGAACACCUGCAUUCCCACCAAAGGAUCCACACAGGAGAGAAGCCAUAUCAAUGCAUGGAGUGUGGAAAGAGCUUCAGUCUGAGUGGACAUCUGCGUUCCCACCAAAGGACCCACACCGGGGAGAAGCCACAUAAAUGCUUGGAAUGUGGAAAGAGCUUUAGUGACAGUGGAGCCCUACGUUCCCAUCAAAGGACCCACACAGGGGAGAAGCCAUAUCAGUGUGUGGAAUGUGGAAAGAGCUUUAGUCUGAGUGGAGAUCUCCAUUCUCAUCAAAGAACCCACACAGGAGAGAAGCCAUAUCAAUGCAUGGAAUGUGGAAAGAGCUUCAGUCAGAGUGGACAUCUCCAUUCCCACCAAAGGACCCAUACAGGGGAGAGGCCACAUCAGUGCAUGGAAUGUGGAAAGAGUUUCAGUCGGGGUGAGUCCCUGCGUGCCCACCAAAGGACACACACAGGGGAGAAGCCAUAUCACUGCAUGGAAUGUGGAAAGAGCUUCAAUAGGAGUGGACAUCUGCGUUCCCAUCAAAGGACACACACAGGGGAGAGGCCACAUCACUGCAUGGAAUGUGGAAAGAGCUUCAGUAGGAGUGAACAACUGCGUUCCCAUCAAAGGACACACACCGGGGAGAAGCCACAUAAAUGCAUGGAAUGUGGAAAGAACUUCAGUGACAGUGGGACCCUGCGUUCCCAUCAUAGGACCCACACAGGGGAGAAGCCGUAUCGGUGCAUGGAAUGUGGAAAGAGUUUUAAUCUGGGUAAAGAUCUCUGUUCCCAUCAAAGGACCCACACAGGGGAGAAGCCAUAUCAAUGUGUACAUUGUGGAGCGAGCUUCAGUCAGAGUGGGCAUCUCCAUUCCCAUUAUAGGACCCACACAGGGGAGAGGCCACACCAGUGCAUGGAAUGUGGAAAGAGCUUCAGGUACAGUGGGUCCCUGCGUUACCACCAAAGGACACACACAGGAGAGAAGCCAUAUCAAUGCAUGGAAUGUGGAAAGAGCUGCAGUGACAUUGGGUCCCUGUGUUCCCACCAAAGGCUACACACAGGGGAGAAGCCAUAUAUAUGCAUGGAGUGUGGGAAAAGCUUCAGUCGCAGUGGGGCCCUGCAUUCCCAUGAAAGGACCCACACAGGGGAGAAGCCAUAUCAAUGCAUGGAAUGUGGCAAGGGUUUUAGUCUGAGUAAAGAUCUCUGUUCUCAUCAGAGGACCCACACAGGGGAAAAGCCAUAUCAAUGCUUGCAGUGUGGAAAGAGCUUCGGCCAGAGUGGACAUCUCCAUUCCCAUCAAGGGACCCACACAGGGGAGAAGCCACAUCAAUGCAUGGACUGUGGAAAGAACUUCAGUCAGAGUGGGUCCCUGCGUUGCCACCAAAGGACCCACACAGAGGAGAGGCCAUAUUAA